AUGGAUUAUAGUAAUGUUAUUCAUCAUAUUAAGGAAAAUCAAUAGAUGUUCUAUAUCAAUAAGAAAAAGGAUGUGGAUAUUAAUGUAUAUAAAAUUUGGAAGGAUGGGGAGGAUAUUUAAUUUAGUUUGGUUAAUAAAGGAUGGGUAAUAUGGUUAUCUAUAUUUUAGAUCUUCUUCAUUACAAUCUUAUUGAUGAUCUUUAGCAAAUAAAUUUCAAAUAGGAUUUUCUUACCUUAUUUGUCUAAGAUAUCAUAUAAGGAGAUUAUGAACUUUUUCUUUAUUUAAAGGAAAUCAAAUUGUAGUAAAUUUUUAUCAGUAUAGGGUUUUUCGUUUUCAUUUGA